AUGGUUCCUGUUGUUAUGGUUCCUGUUGUUAUGGUUACUGUUGUAAUAGUUCCUGUUGUAAUAGUUCCUGUUGUCAUGGUUCCUGUUGUUAUGGUUCCUGUUGUCAUGGUUCCUGUUGUCAUGGUUCCUGUUGUCAUGGUUCCUGUUAUUAUGGUUCCUGUUGUCAUGGUUCCUGUUGUCAUGGUUCCUGUUGUUAUGGUUCCUGUUAUUAUGGUUCCUGUUGAAUACACACUAACACACACUAACACACAGAUAUACACAUACACACAUAUAUACACACUUACACACACACACACACAUAUAUACACAUACACAUAUAUAUACACACAUACACACACACACACACACGCACACACAAGACUCAAGUCCCUGAUCCUGAGCCACCAUCUGUUGUAAUAGUUCCUGUUGUCAUGGUUCCUGUUGUAAUAGUUCCUGUUGUAAUAGUUCCUGUUGUUAUGGUUACUGUUGUUAUGGUUACUGUUGUUAUGGUUCCUGUUGUAAUAGUUCCUGUUGUAAUAGUUCCUGUUGUUAUGGUUACUGUUGUUAUGGUUCCUGUUGUUAUGGUUACUGUUGUAAUAGUUCCUGUUGUAAUAGUUCCUGUUGUCAUGGUUCCUGUUGUUAUGGUUCCUGUUGUUAUGGUUCCUGUUGUAAUAGUUCCUGUUGUAAUAGUUCCUGUUGUCAUGGUUCCUGUUGUUAUGGUUCCUGUUGUUAUGGUUCCUGUUGUUAUGGUUCCUGUUGUUAUGGUUCCUGUUGUUAUGGUUCCUGUUGUAAUAGUUCCUGUUGUAAUGGUUCCUGUUGUAAUAGUUCCUGUUGUCAUGGUUCCUGAUGGUUCCUGAUGGUUCAGCUGUCUGAAGGUCGUUCUCCACUCUGACCUCUUCUCUUUGCUCUUCUUCUUCAUCAUCAUCAUCAUCUCCUUUUUUCAGGUUCCUGCUCUGCUGGAGGAGAACCAGACUUCAUCUUCAGAGGAGGAGGAAGAAGAGGAGGAAGGAGAUGAGGAAGGAGACGAGGACGGAGACGAAGGAGAUCAGCAGGAGGAGAGUGAGACGACUCCAACAGAUAAAAAGGUUCUUAAAGCGAAAACAACGAAAACGUCAAAAACCUGAAAAACGGCGUCUUUACCUCUCGUCUGCAUGUGAAAAUGAUCGUAACGACGAUGUUAUUAUUAUUGAUUACAUCAUCAAUGAUCCUGUAACGAUAAUUAUGAUCAGUAUUAUUAUUGAUUACAUCAUCAAUGAUCCUGUAAUGAUAAUUAUGAUCAGUAUUGUUGUGGUUUUGUUGACUCUCUUUUGUUGUUUGUUUUUUGUGUUUCCUUCAGGAGAGGAAGAAGAUGGUCAAAGAGGCUCAGAGAGAAAAGAGGAAGAGUAAAGUUCCCAAACACGUGAAGAAGAGGAAGGAGAAGGUUUCCAAGAUGAAGAAAGGACGAUGA